UACAAUUUGACAGUUGACAUAUUGAACACAAUAAAUUUAACACUUUCGUUAAUAAUAAAGUUCACGAAAAUUUUUGGAUAUCAUCUUGUAAUCGUUGUUACUUUCGUAUACUAGUUAUAAGUAAUUAAAAAUGUCAUUAGAAACUGUGCCAAAAGAUUUGCGGGGAUUGCGUGCGUGCUUGGUCUGUUCUUUGAUAAAGACAUUUGACCAAUUUGAAUAUGACGGCUGCGACAACUGCGAUGAAUUUCUUCGCAUGAAAAGCAAUAAGGAUAAUGUUUAUGACUGCACUAGUAACAAUUUUGACGGAAUGAUAGCAGUUAUGAGCCCUGAAGACAGUUGGGUGUGUAAAUGGCAAAGAAUAAGUAGAUUUUGUAAAGGAGUUUAUGCAAUAUCUGUAUCUGGGCGCCUUCCAGCAGGUGUAAUUAGAGAAAUGAAAAGCCGUGGAAUUGUGUAUCGACCAAGAGAUACAAGUCAACGUUAAAUGCAUUACAUUAUUAUUAAAUAUUUAAAUAUAAGAUUACUUUUUUAAAUUUGU